AUCACUUUUACUGCUCCCCGUUCCCAGCUCCCCUCGCGAAGCUCCGCGCCGACGGUCAUUCGGCAGGGGAGUUGCCGUCGCGGAGGGUUGUUCGCUACCACGCUCUUGUCCUUGUUGCUCCGCUCGCUGCUUGUUCCGUGUGUGUGCGCGCGCGCGGCGAGUCCACUCUGCGAAUGUGUGUCUGUGUGUGCAUCUUUGCCUGACUUGCGGAUUAAACGAUGAUCAUCCAACUGCGCUUCCAACUGGUGACAGCCCACUACUGAACUAAGUGUUUGCGGCGCUAUGUAUUAUGCGAGCUUCUUCCCUCCGCCCAUGCGUCAGCUUGACGGCAUGGCGGCCUUGGUCGGACGCGGAGAACGGGGCGAAAUCCCACUGGACCUCUCACUUAAGCGGGGUGAUGCUGACGCUGCCGAAGAACUGCUGCUGUUGGAACACCGGAAGCUAGCAGCGGCCGCCUACGCUGCCGGUCGCCCACUGCUCGACCCGGCCACCUACCUCCGCCUCCAGCAACAAUAUCAACAACGUGUCGCUGCCGACGCUUUCCUUCAGCAAGCUGCGGCUCAGCACCAUGCCCUGGCUGCUGCAGCGCGCCUGGGCUGCUUGGACCAGCAUGUUGCUGGCGUGUACCCUUCUCCAAGGACACCUUUCUUGGAGCCCGCACUCGCUGUCAGCAUGAGAGGCGCUGGUGCUCCGGCCCUGGCUCCUGGAGACCUCGCUCGCUCAUUUUACCCACCGACGGCGGCCACCGCGUUCCCAGCUGGACUGCCCCAGGGCUAUUCGUCCAUGUUUGCAGACCUGUUGCCAAAGCCGGAGCAUCGGCUUGCGGAUGAAAAUGGUUUGGUCUCCAGCAAGAGCUCUUACCUCAGCACGCGCUCUCCAGUGAACGGUGAGAAACCGUACGAUCCAGCACGGUACACGGCGGAACAGUUAGCACAGGCCAAGUACGCGCCUACCACAUCAUCGUCCUCUUCGUCCUCGCAUUCUCGGGACCACAAGCGGUCAAGCAGCACGAAGCACUCUGAGUCAACGUCAAGACACAGCGAGUCAUCAUCCAGGCAUCCUGCGGCAUCAACAGCCCACUCUGAUCCGUCACCAGCGUUGUCGUCGCCAAGCCUAAACCUUCUUGGCCCGAGGCCAUCCCUCGGAGGGGGACUAAGCUCAGCUUUCGGCGAGACGCUAAAAAGGGACGACUACCUCCCAGCGCAUCUGUCCUUCUGCCCACCGUGGGGUCUGCCACCUCUUGUCCCACCGGUGUCUGCAGCAUCUUCAGGAUCUCUGCUUACUCCGAGUCCGCAGAAAAAGAAGGAACCUAAAUCUGAACGGGAGUCGCCAAGGAAAAGUCACCACAGUAAUAGUCACAGCAGUCGCCAUGCGGUCCCUCCAAGCAAGAGGGAAGCGAAUCCAACUGCUGACGAGAAUGGCGAUAUCAUAGUCAUCGAUGAAGAGCUGCUUUCAUUAUCAUCCCACAAGACGUCUUCUGCAGGCGGAGGUCGCCCUCCGCCGCCUCCUGAACCACAACGAGCCCGAAUGCCCCGCCUUGAGGCAAUGCAACCUCCAGAUGAAGCUAAGACUUCUCACCUGGACAUCAAGCGCCACUCAAAAAGCCCUCUUAGCCCCCCACCCCUGAUCGCUGCUGUGCCUCCUGCCACUAGCCCAAAGACGGGCGAAGCUGCUUCCAUUGCUGCCAUAUUGAAAGAAAGUCCACCCCACAAGUCCAGCCGACCAAAGUCACACCACGACGAGAAGCCCACAUUGAACUUUUACCACACAAAAAUUGGUGUCACAACUACAGCUCCGUCGACCUUGCCCACCGCGACGACGACAACCGACGCCAGUUACCUGCAUCAGCACCGCCAUUAUCUCAACCACCACCAACUUCACCAUCAUCCACUGGUAAAGCCAAUUGUCAACUCUGAUGUCCUGCCUCCUGGACUGUCGGAGUCGAGUAAAAUAUUGGGCGACGGGGACCGCAAGCCAGCUGAGCGCUCCCCAGAUGUCCGAUACACGAAGGCAGUCUCCGACAAGACCACCGUGGCCGCGAGGCGAGCCGAGGAUCAAAGGAAAGAAGAGAGAAAGGUGGAGGCUACCACGGUUCGGAUACAGAAAGAAAAUGGCGGCGUUCGCUACUCCAUACAUCCCAAGAAACGAAUGGUGGAAGACGACUCCUCUUCAAGCAGCGGUAGCUCUAACCGAAGUUCCCCCAGCGCCCUACCCAAGUCCGCCGAAAGCGGACCGGUCACGAAGAAGGCCAAGCGUCAUAUUCGGCACCAGUUCCUGGCAAGGGCCACGUCAGCGUCUCGAUGCGUCGCCGACGGAGACCUCCAGUCACUGAAGCCGGAAUUUCGUCAGAAGCGUCUUUUCUACCAUGCCGUCAGGAGACGACGGUUGCGUUCUGGCCUUGACAUGAUCCACCGGUACAAGAAAGUGAAGAGUGGUCGGUACAAGGUCGUCCGGCGAGCGCCGAGGAAGCCUUUCAAGGAGGUGAACUAUGGUACUCCACCAGAUCUCAAGAAGUUCUUGGUCAACAAAGCCUUGGGCGAAACAGUUCUGCACCGAGCCGCACGGCUUGGAUAUACUGAUCUGGUUUUAUAUUGCUUGGAAAGCGGAGAAGGCGGGCACGUCGACGCCAGGGACAAUGCCGGUUACACGCCACUUCACGAAAGCUGCUCACGCGGCCACCUCAACAUCGCACGAGCGCUGCUCCAGUACGGCGCCGACGCCAACGCCAGCUCCGCAGGGGGUGUCCGCCCGUUGCACGACGCCGUUGAAAACAACCACGUGGAAGUCGUCAGACUGCUUUUGUCCUACGGAGCCGACGCUACCAUCUCCACCUACGCGGGUCUGAACGCAUUGAAGCUAGCGCGGAGUGCUGUCAUGGUUGAACUGCUGAGAGGAUUCCUUUCCGACAUGUCAGGAGAAAGCGUCGAUGGGAAACCAGUCCUUCCGUGGCACUUCUCGGGGACAGCUUCGUUAAUGGAUCCAUGUGCCACCGGUUACGACGUCCUGUCUGGUGCACCCGAUGAGGAUGACGGAGACGACUUCCUAUUCGAGAUCAGCGACGCGCCGCACAUCCCGACGUUCCGCCUGCCGCUUGAGGCUUCCACUCAAGCGCUGUAUAACUGCAUGCGGCUCUCAGACGUUCUUCUUCGAGUACGUAUGACUGCGGAGGAUUUCAAACAACGCUACCCCGAGAUCGAAAUUCUCAGCUUUCCAAGCCACGAGGUGGACUCCCGGAUAAGCCCGUGGACCUCGGACAUGACUCGCCCUGGAGUUUCCUCUGACAGUUACGUGGACGUCAUAAGGCUCGACGAGCCUGUUCGGCAGCUUCUCGGCAUCGAAACCGUAGCCCUGCGGUGAAAGCAACUCUUUGCAGCUGCCUUCGUUGCUGAAAUAAUGUGCCACGGUGUACGAAGGUAGAGGGCGCUGCUGUGUUGCAUACGGUGUCGUGAAUGGACAAUUGCAUUCGUCAGGACUUCGGCGCUUGUUCAACCAGGAAGGAAAUGUUUUGUGGGUUCUUGAGCAUCAAAAGCAGGGCGUCUCGCACAUCGGAGAUUCGGAGUUUUCUGCUGCAAGAGUCACGAACUGAAGGUGCGGCAGAACUCCCAGUGAUGUGGGCCUGGUAGCUAUACAUAGUCAGCAAAGCAACGCUGUAAUGGAUGUUGUGUUUCCUUCUACAAACAGCUGUCUCCAGAGCUACUGCGCGUCUCUUUCCGGCUUUUAAACUAUGUCGUACACUGUUACUUACGUUUUUUCAGAAGCAGUGAGCUCUCUCGCAUCUGAUUUCACAGCCUUAGCUUUCUGCAUUCGUCCAGAGUGUAUCAUUAUUUUCUCUCGCUCUUUCUUUCUAAUAUACGAAUAAUAAUAAUACGAAUGUGUCCUGCAAUAUCCUGAGUUGAGGUCUUGGAAGAUAACAUGUGCACCGUCUGGCAGAAAAACACGUUUUAUUCUGCUAAAGCUGAGCUAGCAUGCCAUAUACCUAGUCCAUUUUUUAUGCCUUGCUGCCCAGCCUUAGUGUUACACUGUCGCUGUAAAGGUGCAUAGCACGUUGAGUUAGGGUAACACUACAGUUUUCACGCCUCCACCCAGAAUUCCUCAUCUACGAAACCAGUCUAAAUGUUACAUGGCUGUCAAAAGUUCACCUUGCUACACCGCGCCUCGUGAGCAGUUGCGCACCUAUAGAGUUAGGCAGUGUGUUUACAAUCUUGCCAAACCGACCUGUUUCCCUAAGUUCUUGCCGCUUGUAGCCGUCGCAGCAAAGCAUGAAUCGCAGAGCUAUCGCAUGUCUGAACGACGUGUUCCAGAUAAUUUAUUUCUCAUAAUCAGUACACAUUGUCGCGAAUCCUUCCGAGGGCUUCUGUCCCCGGUGUACUGCUGUUUAUCGCAUAAUUUCAUUUAUUCUGUACAUAAUUAGUCCGUACAUUGUGGUUUCACAAUAGUCAAUACAGGAACCGUCCUCUUCGCCAUCCCAAGCGUGUCGCCUAUGCGGUUAAUUAAUAGGAGUGGGUGCACAGUAAAAUCAACGACACUAUCGUACUGUACAUGCCUUUCUUGUCACACCGAAACGUCGUUGAUGUUUCUUUCUUGUCACAAGCGUGCAUCCGAUGUCCGUGGAUGCCGCGUAGAUGUGCUUUCUCCCUUGUUGUAUUUUUGGAUGUAUUAUAUCUAUAUAUUUUGUAAAUAUGUCAUGUAAAUAUAUAAUGAACGAUAAUAUACUGUAUUCAUGGGAUAA